ACAGUUUCCGUAGUUGAGCUAUAGAUAAGCAAAAUCUUGGCUCAGUGAUUCGUUUUUACUGUUCAAAAACCAACUUUCAACUUGAAAUCGAAACACAAAUUCAUCUAAAUAAGCAACAGCCUGAAAACAGUGUGAUCUGCGCAAAGCGGAACCGACAACCGGUUAUCAGAGCGUACCGCUAGUUAUCUCGUUCCCUCGCUCUCCGUCAAAACACGCGUGCGGAAGGAAAAGGAUAAAAAGCGGCGUAAAGAAAACAACCAACAAUCAUCUUGUACGCACACAAAGACGCAUUCGGCUUAAACAACCAGCCACCGUCCUCCAUCGCGAUCUUGUCCUGGCAGCGCGUGAGAAGAAAAGCUUCCCUCAAAUAUGUCGUAGCAUCCCUGAAUGCUGCGCACAGCAAAAUUUUAUCCAAAAUAACCUCUUCCGACCGUGCAGUGCAGUGGGCGAGCGUUUGUGUUGAGCCGUUCGAACUGUUGUCUAUUGACCGGCACUAGGAAUCAAGUGUAUAGUGUGCUGUACUACCGCACGGGGUCGUGAUUUUUAUUCCUUUCUGCAAGCAAAAGCAAUAUUAAAACAUCAUCAAUCGAAGCGACAUGGCAAACAGUGAAGCAAUUCUGGACACACAGACGGCCACCCAGACCCAGAUGACGCAAGAUACGGCGCUGGAAAGUCAACCGAUCGAGCACCCUAGCUAUGGCCAGCUGCUGGGCAAGCAUGUGAAAAUGAAAAGCCUCGGUACUAAAAUUCCCACCUUCUACGUUUCUCGUGCUCCGUCUAUUAUCUACGACCUGCGCCACAGUGAGUUUAAGGUGGGACGAGAAGGCACAUGCCAUCUGAUCUUGGAUGAAGACAACCUUCCGCCCUCCAAGUUGUGCCGAAUUUCGAAGCAUCACUUCACGAUCAAGAAGGAUCUGAACGACACAACCAGCCCUACCUACAUACAUGACCAUUCCCGAAACGGAACGUACGUAAACGGGCGACUGAUUGGGCCGAACAAAUGCAUGAUCCUGAAGCACAACGAUAUCAUCUCGAUCGCGGGCGUCAGCAUACGGGCCUUCGUGUACUACGAUCUGCGGUACAGCAUGCAGUCGGACAUUAAGGCGAAGGAGCUGCUCGAUCGCUAUCACGUCGGCCGCAAGCUGGGCUCGGGUGCGUGCGGAACGGUCUAUCUGCUGCACGAUACCGUCUCCUGCCAACCGUACGCCAUGAAGCACGUGGCGAAGGAUCCGCUGAACGAGCGGAGCCGUCCAAAGUUCCUGAACGAUCCACUGCGGGUGAUGAACGAAGUUAACAUUAUGAAAAAUCUCGACCACCCCUGCGUGAUCAAAAUGCACGAUAUCGUCGACAAACCUGACUCGGUGUACAUGGUGCUAGAGUACAUGAAGGGUGGCGAUCUGCUGUCGCGCAUUAUUAGCAAAGGCUUUCUGCCGGAGAAGACGGCCAAGCUGUUCUUUCUCCAGAUGUGCCAUGCCGUAAAGUACCUGCACGAGCAAGGAAUCACCCAUCGCGACCUGAAACCGGACAACAUCCUGCUCGAGGAUCACAACGAGUACACGCUGCUCAAGGUGUCCGACUUUGGGCUGAGCAAAUUCGUGCGCAAAAACUCGGUCAUGCGCACCAUCUGCGGCACGCCACUGUACGUUGCGCCGGAGGUGCUGCAAACCGGUGGCCGCGGGUCCUACACCCGCAAGGUGGACAUCUGGAGCCUGGGCGUGGUGCUGUUCACGAUGCUAAGCGGCACCCUGCCCUUCUCGGACGAGUACGGUUCGCCGGCGGUGGAGCAGAUCAAGCGUGGCCACUUCAAGAUGCGCCACAGCGUCUGGAAGCAAGUAUCAUCUCUUGCGAAAAAGCUCAUCUACGACAUACUGAACGUCAAUCCCCACUCGCGGCCCUCGAUCGACACCCUGCUCCAGAGCAGCUGGUUGCGCGAUCCGGACAUCGUGGGCCGGGCAGAACAGCUGAUGAAGAUAUCGCUGCGGGUGGAGGAGCCGGCCCCCAAGCGUACCACUACCUCGGAUGUGGAGAACAACAACACCAGCCCGGUGAGCAGCUUUGCUCCACCGAGCAAGCGCAAGAGACGACUCUAGGCCGGCACACGACCGGGCAGGUAGGAGUGGUGUGGGAAGGAUAGUUGUUUUCUUUCUUCUUUCUUCACUAUGUUUGUUAAGAUCCGUUACGAUCGCAUAACGGCUAGCUUUUCGAGGAUGCAAAAGCUGUGAGCUGUGUUAUGUGAGAUUUUCUUUUUUAUUAUUACCUGUUGUUAAAUCGUGUGCAACGUCGUCGUCUCUCUGUCGAAGUAUUAAGAAGCAACCAGCAGGCAGGGCUCUGUGUAUGUGCUGUCUGUGCGUGUUUACAGUGGAUGUAAGUUGUUUUUAGACUUAUCGGAUCGAUUGAUUCGUGUCGAAUUCUUUUUUUUUUGUACGUUUUAUUUCAUCCCUUUACAUCGGUAUAAUUUUCAUACCUAUCAACGCUCCCGUCCAGUUUAGUUUUUGCUUGAACAUUUAGCUCACCUUUUUAAAAAAUUAAGGGAGAACUAGAAACAACCACGUGAAUUCAUUUAAACUACUUAUUCAACGAAGAAAAAGUACAGAAACAAUAGCUAGGGAUAUUAUGUUUAAUAUAAACUUUUGUACAUUUGUUAAAUAAGCAAAGGAUUUGUACACCAUCCCGAUGUCGCUGUGUUGUGAGAACGUUACGAUCAUUCCAUGAUCCACCCCUUGAAUGCAAAACGCACGCGUAAAUGUUUACACGACUAUACUCAGAUUCUAAUGACCUGACAAUACAGCCAAAAUAUGUUAGAUUUUUAACAUUCAACUGCAAACCCAUUCUCCAAAUACACUGUUUUUGUGUGUGUGUGUCUACCAAAGCUGAGAAAAACAAACACACAUCCAUCUACACGCGCCGCCAAUCGCAAGGGCUGCUUACCAGCAUAUCUAUUCGCUCGAAAACCGGUUCCGUGACGUCCUUUUUGACCGCAGCCAAGCCUCCAAACGGGAAAGCGAAGGGGGAGUCGCUCCGUUACUGUGUGUGUAGUAGGGCCACCACCACACACCAGAGUACAGCAAAAUCAGCAAUCUGCUGUAACACGAGCACUGUUUUAUUUUGUAAUUGGUAACAUAAGCGAUUUCGUGGUGGCGGCGGCUUCCGGAACGGUUCGCGGCUGGUAUCAAGGUUAAAGCGCGAUCAUCGACAAAAAAGCAAUACACACACAGAGACCGCAAAUCCAAACUGAAAGCUGGAUGCGAUUAGUAACAGAGCAUAGAAAAAGCAUCGAAAGGGGAGGGUGCGUGUUGCGGCUAUGUGUGUGUGUGCGUGUUGCCAACAUCGAAGUGCACCGGCUAAGGGGGCGAAGGGCAGUUGCCCGUUUGUUUGAAAGCGAAAUGAAAUGUUAUUUAAUUCAAUCAACCGUGCACUAACAUUCACGAAGGCACUGAGAUUUCAGAGGCCGAGCAUAGAGUAGUGAGCCACAAACACACUCUCGCUCUCCUCUUAUUCUUCCCCAAGCCGGCCGGUGGUUGAGAGGGGGUCCGCGGGUUGCCGCGGGUCGCUCUGUCCCCCAUCUGUUGUGAAAUUCGCUUUCGACUACUGCAAAACUGCGGGUGAUAGCGGGGCGCGCGAUAGUAGCGUUAAGUUCAUUGCUGCGAGUAUGAUUGACGAAAUGACGACGUUCCUGGACCUCUGGACUGAGAUUUUUGCACGGUCAUCCGAUUCCGACGGUUGUGUGAGAGCAAAUAAUUAUGAGGAGCGUCUGGAGAUGGAGCAGGAGGAGGCUAACCACGUUUAAAAAAUGACAGAAGAGUAUCAAUUUGCAAAGAGUAUGAAAGCAAUCACAAACGUUGGCCAUAUUGGUGGUAACAUUAAUUGAGAGAAAUGUUUAGUUUUUGUUUUCUAAACUAGCUUACCUGAGAAAGUAUCAUUUUAAUGUCUGAUUUAAGUUUUGUAACAUGAAGUACUGCCGAAAUAAAAUAAUGUUGUUUUCAA